AUGGGAGUCGCGUGGGACCACGUAUUGGGGCAUCCCUUUCCCUUUACUUGUCUGCCUCUGCCAGCGGAGGUUUUCCUCAAACUCGGCGUGCUUGUUGCUUCGCAGUUCACACUUCACGCCCCAGAGAGCGGCUAUAAAUACACACACAUAACACCGCGCCACCAUUUACGCGUCGUUUCAGUGACACAGAUCCAUAAAUCAGACCACCCCAAAUUCCACCCGCCGCCCCCGCCGCCCAAAAAUGGCUUCCACCACCACCACGGCGGCGAUGAUAUCAGCUCUCCUCCUCCUCUUCCUCGCCACUGCAACCACCGUCACGGAAGCACAGGGCGGCGGCAGCAACGCGCCCUCGUGCGCCUCGAAGCUGAUCCCCUGCGCAAGCUACAUCAGCAACACCUCCGUGACCCCGCCGGCGAGCUGCUGCGAUCCGAUCAAGGAAGCCGUGCGGACGGAGCUGCCUUGCCUCUGCAACCUCUACAACACUCCCGGCCUCCUCGCUUCCUUCGGGAUCAAUGUCACCCAGGCCGUAGCUCUCACCACGCGCUGUGGCAUCAGCGCCGAUACCAGCUCUUGCAGCAGAGUUACGCCCGGUGGGGCAGGUUCCCCUGCAGCCAGCGCCAUUCCACCGCCACCGCCAGGUAAUUUUUCUUUUCUUUCUUUCCUUCCCCGUCGAUGGGAUCUCAUUUUCUUCGAAUUAGGUGCUUUUACUUUUUUUUUUUUCUUUUUCUUUUCCUUUUGGUC